AUGCCUUCUUAUAUUUCACUGGCUCUUUUCUUUUUCGCAAUCGCCAUAGCAACAGCCAUGGCUAAGGAAUACGAAGUAGGAGGCCAUGUUGGUUGGCGUAUCCCGGCUUCCAAUGAAACAGAACUCUACAAUGUUUGGGCUUCAAGACGAAGUUUUCAUGUUGGCGAUUCUCUUAGGUUCCGUUAUUCUACUGAGUCGGUGGUGAUGGUUGAUAAAUUUGGCUAUUAUCACUGUGAUUCAACCCAUCCGAUAGCGUAUUUUAAUGAUGGAAAUACACUUGUGAAGCUUGAUAAACUUGGAACAGUUUAUUUCAUAAGUGGGAAUUGGGAACGUUGUAUUAAAGGACAAUCGAUGUUGUUGGAUGUGGUUGAUGUUCAUCAGCAUCAUCGCCACCGCCACCUUCCAGCAUCAAUAGCUUAUGCGCCACAAAAUCCUUACUAUGAUAUGUCACCUUCACCUUCUCAGGUUGCUGGUGGCUCGGGUACUUCAGAUUCUGGGUCACUGCUUUUGGCUCAUGCUUCAUUCAAGGCUUUUCUUGGUGCAGCAUUAGUUUUGGUUAUUAUUUACAGUUAUUAA